AUUUUAAAUGUGCCCGAAAGCUAUAACUUGCCCGCAGGGAACUGUAAGAGCAUUUGGAUGUUUUCUGAUGAAUGAAGGCAAUCCAUGAGGCGGCAGAUAGCGGAAUUAGUAAGAGAUGGACUCCACAGAGAAGCCCUUACGCUCUACUCACACCUCCACUCUUCAUCUUCUUCACUUCGCAAUGGAUUCACCUUCCCAGCACUUCUCAAAGCCUGUGCGAAGCUUAGGGCAAUUCCUCAAGCCCAAAUGAUCCACACCCACCUCAUCAAGACUGGGUUCCAGUCCGAUAUCUACGCCGCCACUGCCCUCACCCACCUAUACGUGAAAAUCAACAGCUUGGGUUGUGCACUCAAGGUGUUCGACGAAAUUCGCGAGCCAACCAUCGAUUCGAUGAACGCCUUCAUUUCUGGGUUUUCUCAGAAUGGGUAUUGCGGAGAGUCCUUCAGGACGUUUGGGUUACUUGAUUCUUGGAAUCUCCGGCCGGAUUCAGUUACUAUAGCUGGUGUUCUGUCAGGAUGUGAGAGUGUUAUACAUGGUGCGCAAAUGCAUUGCUGGGCUGUAAAGAUUGGGGUUGAGAUGUGUGUGUACGUUGCAACUUCGCUUCUGACUAUGUAUUCUAGUUCUGGUGAUUUGGUUUCAGCCACAAAGUUGUUUGGGUUAGUUGAGAACAAAAAUGUGGUUUGCUAUAAUGCAUAUUUGACCGGUUUAUUGCAGAAUGAUGUGUCUGGGACUGUCUUGGUUGUGUUUCAGGAGAUGAAGAGAUCAUCAGAUGAAGGGCCUAAUUCUGUGACCUUAGUUUCUGUUCUUUCUGCUUGUGCAGAAAUCAAGAAUCUGAAGUUUGGCAUGCAAGUUCAUGGGUCUGCUGUAAAAACUGAUGAAAUUCAUACUAUGGUUGCCACUGCACUUGUGGAUAUGUAUUCUAAAUGUGGUUCUUGGCAGUGUGCAUUUGCAGUGUUUGAAGAACUUGACAGUGAAAGGAGCUUGGUUACUUGGAAUUCGAUGAUUGCAGGAACGAUGCUCAAUGGUCGAAGUGAGAACGCCGUUGAGCUUUUCACACAGUUGGAAAGUGAAGGAUUAAGGCCUGAUUUAGCGACGUGGAACACUAUGAUCAUUGGAUUUUCACAGCUCGGUAAAGCAGCAGAAGCUGUUAUGUUCUUUAGAAAAAUGGUGUCUGCAGGUGUCAAGCCGAGCGAGAAACUAAUGACCAGUCUUUUGACAGCGUGUUCUGCGCUGUGUUUGCUAGGCUCUGGAAAACAGAUUCAUGGAUAUUCCAUUAGGACUGGCUGCAGCACAGAUGCAUUUCUUACGACAGCAGUGAUCGAUGUGUACAUGAAAUGCGGGCAAGUUUCUUUGGCGUGCAGGGUUUUUGAUGAGUUUGAGCACAAGCGCGAUGACCCUGCCCUCUGGAAUGUGAUGAUCUCGGGGUAUGGAACGAAUAAUCAAAGCGAAGCUGCGUUUGAAACGUUUAAUCGGAUGCUGCAGGAGAAAGUAAAGCCAAGCUUAGCCACUUUCAAUUGCAUUUUAUCUGUGUGCAGUCAUACUGGCCAAACUAACAAAGGAUGGGAACUCUUUAGAAUGAUGACAAUGGAUUUCGGCUUGACCCCAACUUCCAAACAACUUAACAUUCUGAUUGAUCUCCUCGCUCGUUCCGGACAACUGGAUGAAGCAAGAGAACUACUCCAGAAAAUACCCGCGCCUUCUGCUCCAGUUUUUGCCUCGCUGCUCGGGGCUCCUGAGUGUCAUUCACAUCCCAAUCUGGGGGAAGAAAUGGCUCAAAAACUCAUGGAGUUAGAGCCUGGGAGUCCUAUUCCAUUGGUAAUCUUAUCCAAUCUAUAUUCUGGCCAAGGAAAAUGGAAUGAAGCUGAAAGAAUCAGAGAGACAAUAAAUGAGAAAGGAUUAAAGAAACUACCUGGCUAUAGCUUGAUAGGAGUGGCAUAAAAAACCAGACUUGACCAAAUGUCUCUCUGUGACAAUGGAUAGGCAGCAAAAACUUAUCCAAUCAAGCAUUUCUUGGGCAGAAAGUCCAAGUCUUGAUCAAUGAAACCGAGGAGGCGAGCUAGCUACACCUGCAGCUCCAUCGCCCGCGCCAUCACCCACAAAAAUUCCAGCUCUGGUGUGUGUAUGAAGUCCUGGAUUUUUGGUGGGAUUAAGGUUCCUAAUAUGACCAAGAAAUGGCAGAUGUGGAAGCCAUCUACAGUGGAACAUAACAAUUAUGUCCAACUGUUGUUAUACCAUGUACCAUUGUCCGCCUUGCAAGGUGGACCCUGGUCCUAAACGGCAUAUAAAUUGUGUAUUUUAAGUGU